GGCUCAGCUUAUCAGCGGAUGUCCCAUCGCUUUGUGAUGAGGACGUCUGAGUAGAUGGCGCUGCCUCAUGCACCAGUCCGUCAGGUGCUACCAGCUGGCGAGCCUCCGUAUGCAAUGCGUGACUUUGAGAGAUCGGCUUUGUUGGAAGGGCCGCCAGGCUUGGACACCACAUCCAGGGGAGCUCCCGAGUCCGGGAUCUCUCAGGACAUGCUGACCUACAUCAGCCAAAGAGUCAAUCACAUGCUGGCUACCGCGACAAGGUCCUCAGAGUUGCAGGUGCACACAGAACUCCGUCGUUUGGAAUCGUCCUUUGCAGCCUUGGCAGAUAAGGUACGUCGAGUGGAAACACUGCUGGGUAAGGACAAGGCUCGGCACAGUGAGCCGGUCUUGCAGGACAACUUGGACAGACUUUUGGCCAACAUCGAGCAGCGCAGAGAGCAGGAGAUGCUGAGCCUCAAGCGCGAGCUCCACCAAAUCAUUAUGGUGCACAAUCACAACGCCGAUCUCAUGGCAGACCACAAGGUUGCUAUCGACCAGAUUAGCACAGUGAUUGAGGAGCCCAAAGAGGGCAAGCCAACUGCAGCACAGCUGCACAAUAGAGACGUACAUCAGCAUAUACAGCAGAUCGCGUCAACGUUGGAGGAGAACUCUCAGCAGGAGCAGGACGUCGAUGCUCUUCUGGAGCGCGGCGAAGUCAUCCUCCAGCGAGUCGGCAAGACAAUUGCAGCCUUCGUGGCUCCUUAUUACCAGCAAGCCAUGCCAGCAGUGCCAGGACUGCAUGGGCUUGGCCACAUGCCAUAUCCACCAGAGAGUUAUAUGGGUGCACCAAUGGGACACUUGCCUUUUAAUCAUCCAGGCGCACAUCCAUUGCUAGGUGCGAAUUACCCGAUGUAUCCGAUGCCGCCCAUGCGAUGAGGCCCGCGCCCGAGUGUACCGGGGUAGAUCGGGAGAAAUAUACAUUCUCUCAACAGUGGGACCGGAACCGUGCGCGAAGAAACGCCGGACCCACUGCCAAGGUGCAUGGCACAAGGCGCCUGUGAGCAAGGGGCUACCUCCCAAGGGUUGGUCGUCAAUUGCCUUGUGCCUAUCGGAUUCGUUUCUAGCAUGAAUUUGAGCCGUCUCACCCUCGUCUAGUUAUGGAGGAAGUACCUGCCACCAGUGCAGAUAUUGUGCAUGACA